UAGAUUUGCCUUCGGGUUCUAGAGAUAUUGAACACAUUGAUAAGCGGACAAAACUAACAUUUUCCGUUAGACCGUAUACAACAUGACCUAAUGUUGCAGAUCAAUGUCUUCAUAACCGUAUUCUAAUGAGGAACAUGGAAACCUUGUAGGCCACAAGGCAUCAAAGAGUCAAGACGAGGAAGUCAGUGCGAGGAAGAGUCAGUAGGAGGAAGUGUGAAGACGAAUAGGAGUCAGUAGGAGAAAGAGGGAAGACAAGGAGGAGUGAGGACAAGGGAGAGUCAAAUCGAGGAGGAGUCACAACGGCAAUGUUUUCCAGCAGUUCUCAGCUGAAGCACUGGACAUUUAAUGGAGAGGCUGAGCUUAUUCAGCUGAGGAACACAGCCAACAGGAAGUUUAUUGAAAAACAUGGAUGUGAGAUGAGCGAGGAAGAGCGUCAGAGGCAUUUCCUGUCAGCCAAAGAGGAGAGGAUUUUACUGCGCAGAUACGAGAUGGUGAUGAGGGAGUUCUGUAACAGGUUCCAGCCUCCCAUGCCCAAAUAUGUCUUGGGCACUUCACUGGCUUAUUUCAAAAGAUUUUAUAUCAACAAUUCCGUUAUGGAUUAUCACCCAAAAGAAAUCAUGUUAACGAGCGUGUACCUGGCGUGUAAAGUGGAAGAGUUUAACGUAUCCAUUAUGCAGUAUGUUGGCAAUCUGAAAGGCAACAGAGAAAAGUUUGCUGAUAUCAUCCUGGGAUUUGAACUCCAGCUGAUGAAGAUGCUUAACUACCACCUUACCAUCCACAACCCAUUCCGGCCCCUGGAGGGACUUCUUCUGGAUGUGAAGACCCGGUGUAGAGAUGUGGAAGACCCUGAGAGGUUACGUCGUCAGGCUGAUGAGUUUAUUGACCGCUCGUUGAGCACGGACACCUGUCUGAUAUUUGCUCCCUCACAGAUUGCUUUAGCUGCCCUACUCACCAGUGCUACAAGAGAAGGCGCCAAUAUUGAGGGGUAUGUCACUGGGACUCUGUUAGCAGGACCUAAAGAACAGUUGCUAAAGACUGUACAGCAGGUGAAACGAAUCAAGUACAUGGUGAAGAACCAGGCCAGCAGCCAGAAAGAUCAGGACCUGGUGAAGUCUCUAGAGAAGAAACUAGAGAGGUGCCGUAACCAGGAAAACAACCCCGAGAGUGACAUAUACAAACAAAAACUAGAAGAGAUGUUUGAAAAUGAGGAAGAGGAAAGAUCUAAGAAGAGAAUGAAGCUGGAAAGGGAAAGAAAACGGGCAGAGGAAGAACUGGUUAACACAUGACAAGAAAGGAUGAACAUUUCCUCUUGAGAAAAAAGGCAGACCAUUUACAUGUAGCAAAGAAUUGUGGGUCUUUUGACGUGUUAUUUACAAACCAGUCGGUGGCUUGGGACUCAGGGCAUUGUGCUGUGAUUGGCUUGGCCUGCUAUAUGGUGAAAUAUGAUCCUAUUAUAUCCCAACCAAUCACUGGACUGGGAUUCAGGUCAUUUGAAUAUUUAGAAUUAUGGUUUGGUUACCAAUGUUAGAACUUCUUGAAACAUGAGAAUGUGACUUUCCAUAGGAUUUUGAGAAGAACUGCAAGAACACCAUUUGUGACUUUUGAUCUGAUGUCACUGAAAGCUUUGGUUUCUUUUCUGGAAACAUGGGUCACUUGACUGGCUGAAGUUGAAAUUGUAGUGCUCUGAAAAUGGACUUUUGAAGACAGGAUCAAUCAAAGUAUAGUGCUGUUUGAAUUUACAUUGUUGUUUUGUUUGUUUACUCUUGUAGUCUUUGAAUUUUAUUCUCGCUGAUAAUAGUGUCUGAAGAAAAACCUUCAGGGCUUUGUAUACAUGUAGGUCUUCUGCUGUCAUUGUUAUAGGUGGCAUCACUGUGUUUAUAAAGUGGUAAGUUGACAAUUCACUGAAUUAAAGAAGGCUAUGUUCUUUAUAAAUACUGGGCAGUUCUUGCAUAAAUGUAUACACUGACCAUGUGACAAUCUUGUAACAGUCAGAGUAUCUGCUCCCUGUGCUAACUUGUGGCCUAAUAUUCAGUAUGAAUUAAAACCUAUGAGUUCUCAACCACUCUGCUGUUUGCCUGGUCAAAUUCUUACUACCGUAUUUUCAGAAGUAUCAUUUGUGAAGUAUGAGGUGACAGUUUUGAGUUUUCAACCAUCUAUUCUAAAACAGGGUAAAAUGGGAUACCUUUUCCGGUGUUAUGGCAAUUUUUGGUCCAAGCUGGAUGGAAAUCAGUUAAAAUAAAAAUCAUCAUCACAGAAGGCAGGAGUGAACAAUUAGACAUCUUCUGCCCCGAUGGCUUUAGUUGGCAAAGUUUCCCCGUUACAGAAGCAAGGAGAUCUAUGCAAAUGACUACAGACAGGUAUCACAUCUUAACACAUUAAUGGCAUACUAAAAACACCUGAUAGAGUGGUAACCAUGGUAAUUGGCUAGGUAAGAUGAACUGUAGACAUUAUACAUUCAGAGGUCAUAUUGUAGACAAAAAACAAUUUAGAAAAACCACAACUUCCAGUUUGCUCGUUGUUCAUAAUCUGACUUCUGAAUGUAAAACAUAUAUUGAUCGGUUUUUGUUAGCAAUAAAUUACAUCAA